AUGUUAAAUAAUAUCAAUUUGUCAUUGAGUUAAAUUGAAGAGCUUACUAAAGAUGAAUUUAAGGAUAGAGAUUAAUCUACUAAAGUCAAAGUUGAAAAAAAAAUUGAAAGAAGAUUAGGAUCAAUAAAUAAAGAUGAAUCUGCUAAUGUUUAAAUUAAAAUCGAAAAGAAAAUUGGAUAAGUAAAACCUAAAGAUUCUCUUCAAUAAUACACUAAUACUAAAAUCAAAAAUAUAUAUUAAUUUUUAGAGAAUGUAGAAUCCGAUUCAUCUUAAGUUAGUUAGUAAAUUCAAUAACAACCUAUGAGAAGUAUUGAAGCUAUUGAAAAGGAGCAUGAAUAUUAGUCAAAGAUUUAAUAAUUGUAAGGCAUUGUUUAAACAUAAAAAAUUGAAUUGGAUGAAUAACAGAAAACUAUUGAUAAUUUAAAACAACUACUUGAAAAAUCAUAACUAAAAUUGAAAGAAUCAGAGUAGAAUUUUAAAGAAACCAUUAAUCGUAGAUUAAAUGAAUAGAAGGCUGAAUUAGAAGUUGUUAUUAAUAGACAUCUUGGAUUUAUAGAUCAAUUAAUUAAUGAUAAAAAAGAACUUAAUAAUUAGGUAGAAUAGUUGACUAGUGAAUUGAAAGGAAUAGAUAAAUAAUAGAAGAGGUAAUUGGAAGAAUUAAAGAAUAAUUUUGCAAGAGAAAUUAAAUAAAAAUAUGAAUAAUGGUAAAUAUAAGAAAAAUAGAAAAGAGAUAAAUGGGAAAAGGAGAAAUUAGCAGAAUUAAAAGAAUAAACAAUAAAGGGUUUAGAACCAGAAUUAAAUAGAAUGAUUGAAAAGAAUAAAUUAGAAAUUAAAAGAAUAGAAGAAAAAUGUUAGAAAGAAAAAGAAAUUCAUAAAAUAUAAGUAAUUGAAGAAUCUGAAAUGAAAAUGUAAAUAUUUAAAGAGAAGUGGGCAGCUGAAUAUGAAUUACUUCAAUAAAAAGAGAGAGAAGCUUAAUUGAUAAAAUAAAAGGAAUUAUAUAGGACAUAUGAGGAAUAAUUUGCUAAAGAAAGAGAUGCAUAUAAGUAAAGAAUGUAAUAGGAUAUUGAAGAUUGUGAAAGAAGAAGGAAAGAAGAAGCAGAUACGUAUGUAAAGAGAAUGAAAUAACUAUCAGAUUCUCAAGCUGAGGAAAUCAGAAGAAUUAAAAAUGAUUGUUAAAAAGAAAUAGAUGAAUAUAAAGAAAAGUACUUCAAUAUGGAAAGUGAAGUAAAAGAAGCAUUAAGAGGGGAUUAAGAGGCUUGGAAAUAGUAAUUUACAAUAAGAGCAGAAGCAGAUAUGAAUAGAUAAAUUGAGAAGAUUCAAAAAAAGAUGGAAUAAGAUAGAAAUGAUAAAAUUGAAAAGAUAGUAUAGAAGUUAGCUGAAGAGAAAUAAUAAUAUGAAUAGAAUGUUUAAAUUAAAUAUGAUAAAAAAUUAAGAGAUUAAUAGGGAAGCAAGGAUGAAGAAAUUAAGUAAUUGAAGAAGUAAAUUAAGGCUUUGGAAGAGAGAGAAAAUAAAGAAGGUAGUGAAUAUUAGGCAGUUUAAAAGACAAAUCAAGAUUUAUAAAGAUUGAUAGAGAAAUAAGAAUAUGAUAAUCAGAAAUAGUUUAAGGAAUAAAAAAAAUUGAAGGAAGAAAUGCUUUUGUAUAAUUUGCUAAUAUUUUAGAUACAAGGAAAAACUAACAUAAUUUAAAGAAGAAUAAUAAUUGGAAUUAAAAGGAAUAAAGGAAUCACAUGAGCGAGAAAAGAAUCGGCUUGCAGAAUAGAAUAAUAAAUUAUAAUUAGAGUUGGCAAAUUAAAAAUAAAUAUUGGAGGAAACAUGUAAAUGUAUGUGAAUUCAUGUAGUGAGAGAAUUGGAUAUUAAACAUUCAUAAAAUUUGGAAGAAAUAGAAGAAAAUGUUAAGAGGAUAAUAUUGAAGAAAGAUCAUGAGAUCAAGUAGUUAAAAGAAGAAUUGAGAAUGAAGUAGUUGGCAUGUGAAAAAUAUGAUGAAUUAUUAAAAAAAUAAAGACAAGACUUAUUACGUUAAGUAGAAUAAUGAGAUAAAUAUUAUAUGACUAAUG